CAGGCGCAGUACACAGAACGUCAUGGCUGACACAAGCUGGCCAAGCUGUGCGAAGAGUUUGAAAGGUGUUAUUUUGGACAUGUGUGGAGUUUUGUAUGACAGCGGGGAGGGAGACGGAGUUGCUAUCCCUGGCUCCAUAGAGGCUGUGAAAAGACUCAAAGAAUCAGACCUGCAGCUGCGUUUCUGCACCAAUGAGACCCAGGCAACCAGAGAGAAGUUCGUAGCCAAACUCCAAAGACUGGGUUUUGACAUUUGUGUAUCUGAGGUCUUCCCUCCUGCCCCUGCAGCCAUUGCUGUUCUCAAGGAGCGGGGUUUGAGGCCCCACCUGCUGGUGCAUGACGGACUUCUCCCUGAGUUUGAUGCCGUAGAUAAGACCAACCCAAACUGUGUAAUCAUUGGAGACGCAGCUGAAAACUUCUCGUACCAGAACUUAAAUGAGGCAUUUAGGGUUUUGAUAGGAUUGGAAAAGCCAGUGUUAUUCUCCCUUGGCCAGGGAAGAUACUACAAGGAGACAGAUGGAUUAAAACUAGAUGUUGGUGUUUACAUGAAGGCUCUUGAGUAUGCUUGUGAUUUAAAAGCAGAAGUAAUUGGGAAGCCGUCACCAACAUUCUUCCAGAGUGUUCUCAGUGACAUGGGAUUGAAACCACAUGAGUCUCUAAUGAUUGGAGAUGACCUUGUUAACGAUGUAGGAGGCGCCCAGUACUGUGGCAUGAAAGGUGUGCAAGUCAGGACAGGCAAAUACAGGCCAAGUGACGAGAGGCACCCAACUGUGAUCGCUGAUGCAACUGUGGACAACUUGGCCCAUGCUGUGGAUGUGAUCCUCGGUCAGAGAGGGUGCAGCGCCUGAGAACCCGCCACUUGCUGUGGCCUAGAGCCGCCCAGGCCCACUGUCACACUGUCGUGCUAACUUAUGGCUCAUAAAAGUGUAGUUUCAUGUGAGGAGGUUCCUCAGUGUUGAGGUAGUUGAAGAAAAAUGUGAAAAUAAUAACCAGAACUAUUCCCAUGUUUUGCUGCUAUGAACUGUGCUGUUAAACAUGGGAGCGGAUCAGCCAUCUGCUUGCCCUACAUAGUGCAAAUGCAACUGCAGUGAAACUUAUCCUAGAUGUUUGUAAAUAUGCUCGAACUGCGCUGUUCAUUUGUCAGUUCAUGAUUGGCAUAGAUGGGAUCCCUCAAGCUUGACACGAAUGAGCAUCUAACCAGCUGCUGAUCGACAGUUAGAUGUGGAAAGUCGAGGCAUUCAGAGUCGUUGGAAACACGUACAGAAGUGCAGCUGAGAAUGACUGUGAUCAAGUUGUUGUAUGUCAUAACACAAAUGAUGGCUGUGCUUAUGAAAUGGAUAAUAUUACAUUUAUAUUUAGUUAGAAAAUAAAGAUAUUUUAUCCUCUUGGA